AUGGAUGCGGACUGGGACGAGGUCACCCGCAUCGCCUUCCCGGCGCCCGGCUCCAAUGACUACCCCCGGCCGGCCACCGCCUUAGCUUUCGACACCAUCGCCGAGCUACUAUGGGCGGGCAACGACCGAGGCCGUGUGGUCUCGUUCUACGGCCGCGACCUACAGCGGUACACGGCUUUCAAAAUCCACCCCCCGUCCGAAGGCCCAAUACGACAAUUCCUUUUUCAUGACAAAGGUGUCAUCGCGCUCGGCACCCGGAGCGUGCACAUGGCGAUGCGUAGGGGACCGGCGCUCUGGAAUAUUCGGCAUGACGAAAUGAAAGACCUGCAAUGCAUGAGUUUUACCUCGAAGGGCGCCUCCGAGAUUAUCGUCGCCGGGUUUCAAGACACCAUGUUUGUUAUCGAUGUCAUCAAGGGGGAGAUUGUCAAGCAGAAAAGCAAAUAUAUUUGCGCCGCCACCCGGACCGGCUGCGUCGACCUCCUCGACCCCAUCUCGUUCAAAACCGUUCGAAGUUGGCAAGCCCAUGCAUCGUACAUCAACGACAUGGACGCUCAGAAUGACUUCAUCGUUACCUGCGGAGGCUCCCUUAAGCAGCAGGCCGCUCAGACCUACAUGCUAGAUCCAUACGUCAACGUUUUUGACCUAAAGAACAUGACAUCGAUGAAACCAAUGCCGUUUCCGCCCUUAGCAGCCCACGUCCGGUUACACCCGAGAAUGCUCACCACCAGCAUCGUAACCUCUCAGCAUGGACAGAUGCACGUGGUGGACAUAAUGAACCCUAACACGAGCAAUGUGCGGUACGCAAAUGUGAUGUCGUUCAUCAACCUCUUCGAGAUGGCACCUUCAGGAGAGGCUCUCGCCAUGGCCGACACCGAGUGCAACAUUCAUCUCUGGGGUUCACCCUCCAAAAUCCACUUCACCGACAUGGCCCUCCCAAUCGAAAUGCCAAAGGCGGAGGAGCCCGCUCCUAUGCUCGACUGGUCUCCAGAUACCCCCUUGAGUUCGAUAGGGAUGCCCUACUACCGUGAACAACUAUUCUCCGCCUGGCCUUCCGACAUCAUCUCCGACGUUGGUGCUCCGCCGGUGCAGCUAGACCCGGCACUUCUAGGUACCCUCAAGCAGACCGAGUGGGGCUUGUACGGCAGGAACACGCGAGGUCUGCGGCGCAACCAGGUCGAAGAUACACGAGCAUGCAUGAAACCAUCCAUGCAGCCGCCGAAGUUCUUAAGCGAGAAGGCGCGCGAAUCGGCCAUGUCUUAUAGCGCCACUGUACCCGAUCCCAAGACAGAGCAGGUACCCGAGUCGUCACCAAAUGAACUCGAGAGCCUGAAACCCGAGGCGCCGCCAAUCUAUCGGAAUCUGGAAAUCAAAUAUAGCAAGUUCGGUGUGGACGACUUUGAUUUCGGCUACUACAAUAAGACACGGUACGCCGGGUUAGAGAACCACAUUCCGAACUCAUAUGCGAAUUCACUUUUGCAGCUCAUACAUUAUACCCCUCUUUUGCGGAACAUGGCCCUUCAACAUGCCGCCACCGCGUGUGUGACUGACCUGUGUUUGCUGUGCGAGUUGGGUUUCGUUUUCGACAUGCUACAGAAGGCAGAAGGCUCAACAUGCCAGGCAACAAACAUGUUCAAGGCAUUGGGCGCCACGCCACAAGCUGCGCCUUUGGGCCUACUCGAAGAGGAAAUACAUGUUCCGUCACUGUCGACCAUGUCACAGGGGCUGAGUAGAUUCCUAUUUGACAGAAUCAACCACGACUACCGGAGCAUAUCCCCGAUUUCAACCACACUAGAGCAAACGCUCUUCAAGCUCCCGCAGCCUCCUACUCCGGACGAGUUGGUAUCAAGGGUCCUUGCGACAUCAGCCGUGGUCACGAUCAAAUGCAUGAAUUGCCGAAGCGAGACUACGCGUCCUGGCACGGCACAAGUCAACGAUCUGAUGUACCCGCCGCCGAAGGGCUCCGCCCGAGGCGGUAGAAUGCACAAGACGACAUUCUCCCAGGUGUUCAAAACGGGAGUUGAGAGAGAGACUGCGUCUAAGGGGUGGUGCAGUCGCUGUCAGCGAUACCAGAACCUGCAGAUGCGCAAGACGAUACAUAGCGUGCCGGCAGUGCUCGCUAUCAACACGGCCAUCGCUAACCAGGAACAUCGGAGGCUCUGGUCGACGCCGGGAUGGCUACCAGAGGAGAUUGGAAUUAUAGUAGACCAGGGGCAGUUUUUCUGCUUCGAGGGCGAGGACUUGAAGCUCCACCUCCAACGGGGCAUGCACAAUAUCACGGUCUACUCGUUGAUCGGGAUGGUGGUCAACAUUGAGAGCAGCUCGCCUCAGAAGACCCACUUAGUGAGCGUGAUCAAUGUUGCACACGCGGAUGCAGCACCGUCAACGGAGAGCAAGUGGCACCUGUUCAACGACUUCUCGGUACGGCCUAUCUCAACGGCGGAGGCGUUAACGUUCAACGCGGCAUGGAAGCUGCCCGCUGUAUUGCUGUUCCAAGUUAAGGCCGCGAACAACAAGACCAACAUGGACUGGAAAACCAAGUUAGACACAUCGAUUCUAUACAAGGAUCUAACGCCGCACACGGACGAAAAAACGUACCGGGUGCUUGACCUGGAGGCGGAGCGACCAGGUCCGGACACGAUCGUGGGGUUAGACACUGAGUUUGUGUCGCUAAAGCAGCCCGAGAUCCAAAUGAACUCGGACGGCGAGAGGGAAACGAUUCGGCCCAUGUCGCACGCCCUGGCGAGAGUAUCUGUCGUGCGGGGCCAAGGUGAGCACGAAGGAGACGCCUUCAUCGACGAUUACAUCGCUAUCCGGGAACCCGUCGUGGACUACCUGACGCUCUACUCGGGUAUCACACCCGGCGAUCUCGAUCCGCGCACCACCAAGCACAACCUCGUGUCUCUCAAGGUGGCGUACAAGAAACUCUGGGUGCUUCUCAACCUGGGCUGCAAAUUUCUCGGCCACGGCCUCCGGCAAGACUUCCGUGUCAUCAACAUCCAGGUGCCCCGCACGCAGGUGAUCGACACUAUUCAGGUCUUCUACCUCAAGUCACGGCUUCGCAAGCUGUCGCUCGCCUUCCUAGCCUGGUACCUGCUUAAGGAGGACAUCCAGCUGGAGACGCACGACUCGAUCGAGGAUGCGCGCACCGCGCUGAAGCUGUACCGCAAGUACCUCGAGUUUGACGACGCGGGCAUCCUGGAGGCCAUGCUCGAGGAUAUCUACAAGGCGGGGCGAGCUACUAACUUCAAACCGCCGCGAAAGGACGAUCAGGUCAUCCAGCGGACGGACACGCCGCCCGUCACGGUGAUUGAGGGGAGCAGUGGCAGCGGGGCUGACCCGUGCACGCCCGCCCGUAAGUCGGUUGGGCGCGGGAUAAGUUCCGGAGGCACACCGUUCGGGGUGGUGAAUGUCUUCACGCCAGGGAAGGGGUCGCCUUUGCCGAAGUGA